AUGGGCAGAAGAAAGAUCGCAAUUCAGCCUAUUGUAAACGAACGCAAUCGUUCUGUCACCUUUUUAAAGCGCAAGAAUGGGCUCUUCAAGAAGGCAUACGAGCUUGGUGUCCUAUGUUCAGUCGAUGUCGCCGUCAUCAUCUUUGGUGGGUUUCGUCGUUCCCGAUGCCAAGUACUCCAAGUUUACAUUGUUCUAUUUUUGUCGUCAGAAGAACGCCCAGGUCAUCAUCUGAAGCUCUACCAGUACUGCUCGUCAGAUAUCCACAAUGUUGUGCAACGACAACUUCGAGUAAGCAUCUGUACCACAGUAUACUUUUAUGCUCCUGUUGAUGUCCAACCCAAGCAUGAUGGCGAGAAGGACACCCAAGGCCCCCACAACUUUUCAGGUAAUAUGCUAGCCAAGAUGGACGAUAUUGGCGAAGGGGACGACGAUGACGACGACGAGGACGUACCUGUGCGGCCCAAGCGUAGGAACGAUGGAAAGUUGAAGCCUCCGGGCGGCAUGAGCCUUGACACUAGCGAUCUUGAUUAUAUUUCUCGCCCAAUGUCUGUUCCACAGCCCCCAAUUCCCAUGGCAUCAUCCCACCCCAUCUCCAACGAUCGCAUCUCUGGCUCACACAAGCGACCCAAAUUGGACAGAGGCGCUGCUAUUCCCCAGAGUCGGUCCCCUCCAGACGAAUACAGCUACCACCCAAGCCCCAUUUCCUUCAGCCGAGGCCAACAGCCGGGAGGGUACAGCCAGCACGGGCCGCGCGGAUCCUCACACCACCAGCAUCACCCAACGUCAAGCUCACAAUACGCACCCUUCUUCCCUGGGUCGGGCCAUACCCCUCCCCCACCUUCGUUCAUCCCGCUCCAGUCCGACUUCAAUCCACCCCCGCGCUCUGCUACUCGUUCAUCGGGUUUUGGACCCCCACCUCCGCCAAAGAGCGCCAGUAGCUCUAUUUCUUCCAGUCAUGAUAGUGGAAUGUACACCCACCACCAAUUGCGCCACGGUCCUCCCAGUGGCGGGGGUAGUGGUGGUGGUGGAGGCGGACAAAGCGAUCUUUUCGCUGCUUUUAUCGACGGGAAUGAACGUUCGGGCGGUGGGGGACCAAACACUGGUGGAGCGGGAUUGGACUGGCCUGUCCACGGACCAGGUUCGAAUGCACCUAAUCCAGUACCCAAUCCGCCUCCCUCAUCUUCAUCUACACCCUCAGUUGGAGCCAACGAGUCGGGAAACGGGGGAAGCAACUGGCUUGACUUCCUCUCUGGCAAUAACCCUACUACUCCAUCUGGCCACCCCGGCAACACGGGCACGUCCUGGGAGCGCGGAGAUCGCGUUUCUGGUGGUGGUGUCACAGGCAUCCCGGAGAUAUUUGGUGGAGGGGGAGAUGGGAGGCGGGGACCGUCCCCGCUCGUGGUGUCCAUUAGUGGUGGAGGGAAGAGGGGCGACGGGGGCGUGGGGAUAUUGAACUCUCCCGUUAGUCAGGGGGGAAUUGGCAAAGAGAAAGGGUAAGGAUUGUUGAACAAUCCAAGGUCAAAGCUAUCGACAUGGACAUUUUAUUACUAGGAUGGACUUGUAGCCUUUUAUAAGUUAUCUAUUGUGGA